AUGCGCGACCUCGAGCGAACGUGGAACCACAAGUUCAACUACCCCUGGACGUUUUUCAACGACAAGCCCUUCACCGAGGAGUUCAAGAGGCGCACCCAAGAAGUGACCAAGGCCAAAUGCAACUACGAGCUGGUGCCAAAGGAACAUUGGGACGUCCCGGACUGGAUCAAUAUGGAUCUGUUCGAGGAAUCGGCCCAGCUCCUGAAGGAGAACGGCAUCCAAUACAGCGACAAGCUAUCUUAUCACCAGAUGUGUCGGUGGAACAGCGGCAUGUUCUACAAGCACCCGGCUCUGCAGAACAUGCGAUACUACUGGCGCGUGGAACCCAAUGUCCAGUUCUUCUGCAACAUCGACUAUGAUGUGUUCCGGUACAUGCAGGACCACAACAAGACGUACGGCUUCACGAUCAACCUCUUCGACGCGCCGGAGAGUCUUCCCAGCCUGUGGCCGGAGACGAAGCGAUUCCUCGCCGCACACCCGGAGUACCUGCACGAAAACAACAUGAUGGAGUGGCUGGUGGAUGACACGUUGCGGCCCGAGCACACGAAGAAAGCGAACGGCUAUUCGACCUGUCACUUCUGGUCGAAUUUCGAGAUUGGGGACCUGGACUUUUUCCGCAGCGAGCAAUACGAGGCGUACUUUAACCACCUGGAUCGGGCGGGUGGAUUCUUCUAUGAGCGAUGGGGUGACGCGCCGGUCCACUCCAUCGCGCUGGGUUCCGCGACAUCGGCUACCGACACAUUCCCUACUUCAACUGCCCCAACUCCCCCAAGUGCAAGGGCUGCACGCCAGGCCAGUUCUACGCCGGAGAGCCCUUCCUGGCGAAGGAGGAUUGCCGACCAAACUAUUUCAAAUACGUCGGAACCCACUGAACCGCAUGACUCAGCCAGCAAACACACGAUACCUCAUUCAUUCACACAUUUCCUCGGAUAUUUCCUCCUCCGAGAGGAGAUUCAGAAGAAAAAAGAAAAGAAAAAUCCCCGACAUGACUAUAUUUAA